AUUGGACGGUCCAGAUUUAAUCAUCACAUAUUCAUCACCGCUUUCUCUUUAUAAAACCGUAACGUAAAUCCAUUGCUUCUCAACAAAGGGGCUUCACUUCAAACCCUAGCUGAAGGAUUUUUGCUUUGGACGUUCAAUCGGCGGCAUCUGUAGUUCGAUGUGAACGAGGUUGCUGGAUCACAUGGUUUUCAAUCUUUUUUUGCACCGAUGAUUACUAUUUAGCCUCAAUUUGGGAGCUUGUUUGGACUGGUCUUGCAAAUUUUCUCAUUUUCAGGAUUUUUUGCUUCGUCAUUCAAUUGGCAGUAUCUGCAGGUUGUGAUGGUGCGUGCAAAAGGCAAAGCCAAUAAAAGAUCUGCCAGUGCUGCUGUUGCUUCUGAAGCUGCUUUGACAAGUGACUCCAGUGAGAUGGAAAACAUCGUAGAAACUGGAGACUUGGUGGAAACAGCAGUAACGGAGCAAACAACAACUGAGCAAACAAUGAUCAGUGUUGUAGCAGAAGAAGAAACUGCUGGAGCAGAAGCUGAAACUUUAGAGGAAGAAAAUUAUGGGUCAGAGGAAGAAAAUGAUGGAUCAGAAGAAGAACAUGCUGGAGCAGAAGCUGAAACUUUGGAGGAAGAAAAUGAUGGAUCAGAGGAAGAAAACGAGGGAGCAGAAGCUGAAACUUUAGAGGGAGAACUUGCUAAAGAAAAUGAAGUGAUUGGAGGAGAUGAAACAUGUACUGCUGAUAAGAAAGUAGAAAAUGCUGUUGGUAAUGAUGAAGGUAAUAACCAAGAAACUGCCAUAGAAAAAGGUGGUGGUAAACCGAACAUAGAUGAUAAGCAAGCCGGAGAUGCUGCUGGAAUAAACAAAGAUGACCGAGAAGAUGGUAUGGAAAAAGAUGAAGAUGAAACAAAUGCAAAGAAUAAAGAGGAAAUGGAAGGAAGUUCGAAACAAAAAGCUAAAAGAUUGAGGAGAAGGAACAAUAGAAAGAGAAUGGCCAAUGGAACCCCCCAAGUGAAAGGUGAAAAUAAGCAAGUUAAGAAGAAAGUAGCCGCCUCUAGUGUCAAGGUUGGGAAGGACUCGGGAAAAUUGGACUCAGAAGUUGUUGAUCAAAGCUCUAAGAAGGUUGCUUCCGAAGAUAAGUCGGGGGUGAUCUCUAAGGAUGUGAAUUUUGAAGGCAAAGACAAACUUGAGCCGUUAAAAAAGAAGAAGUCUGUGAAGAAGGCUAAUAGCAUGGGUAUGAUCUUCAUGUGCAACUCUGAGACUAAGAAGGACUGCUAUCGUUACAAGGUUCUAGGAUUGCCGGCAAACAAGAAAGAGACUGUGGAAAAAAUUUACAAGGGGAUGCGACUUUUUCUUUAUGAUGUUGAUCUGAAGUUGAUGUAUGGGAUCUACAAAGCUGCAGGACGUGGUGGUUGUAACCUUCAACCCAAGGCGUUCAAGUCCCAAUUUCCAUCUCAGGUUCGUUUUACAGUUCUUGAGGAAUGCUUACCCCUUGCAGAGGAGACUUUCAGGCAAGCAAUAAAGAAAAACUAUUACACAAGGGGAAAGUUUAAUUGCGAAUUAUCUUCUGAACAGGUGAAGAACCUGUGCAAGCUUUUCACUACUGCAGGCAAAGGGUCCAGCUCCAAAGGCACACAGCUCAGACCUGAGACCAAUGUGGUACCCAAACGAGACAGAGCUAGGAAGCGUGCUCGGGAUGAAAGAAGACGUCCUGAUCGUGCUCGACGGUCUGAGCGGGUCGAUGAUCGUCGGUACCGUGAGCAGGUUGAAGAUCGUCGGUACCGUGAGCAGGUUGAAGAUCGUCUGUACCGUGAGCAGGUUGAAGAUCGUCUGUACCGUGAGCAGGUUGAAGAUCGUGUGUACCGUGAGCAUCCCCAUUUGCAUGAAAGGAGCUUGAUUACAUCUCCUUUGGUACCAUUAGCCCCGCUUCAACCUUUACCACCAACUUUGGUUAGAGAUCCUUAUAGACAGGAGAACGUGACACAGCACAAUGAGUCUCACAGGCAGAGCCGAUUGGUGGAACUCCCUGAUGCCUAUAGGCGGGACACAGUGACUGGCAAUCCUGGUGUUUACAGAAGACAGGCUUUAGUAGAGCCACGUGAAUACUAUAGGCGGGAGGGAAUCCCAGAGCACCGUGAAUUUCAUCAGCCUAUGAAUUUGGAAACUAGACUCCCGGCUGCUGCUGGAAUUAAUGAUUCUUAUUUGUCAUACCGUGAGCGUCUAUCAUACCAUGAUCCUGUUAGCUCAGUGCGUUCCCAGCCCGAGUAUAAUCCCCCUCCCGCUGGUUUGCGAUCAGAAUACCGUCAUGGUGGGCCAUCUGCUGUGCACAGUUCUGCUAGAAGCAUACUCCCAGAGUACCCUCCAUCUGCAGUGAGCUCUCUGUAUGAGUACCCUCGUCAACCUCAAUAUCGAUAUUAGGUUACGAAAAAAGGUACCAUCACAUGAGGCUCUCUCUCUCUCUCUGUCAUUUCCAUUAGAAAUCAUGCAGCUUAAAACUUUUAGAGAAUCUAGAACGUUCUCAGAAUUCACUGGGCCUCUUAUUUUAUGUUUUUAAAACAGUUGUAGUACAUGUUAUUCCCCUAUUCUUGCUGGAAGCAAGAGACUUUGUAGGCGGUAUACCUUAUUGUGUUUGGAUCAAACUAUUAUUUCCUUGCAGCAAAGGAGAUUAAACCUUGUGUCA